CCUAGCUCAACAGCAACAAGACUCACUCUCCAAGCUUCAUUUUGAAAAGGCUACUGCGGCGUCACGAAUAUCUAUUUGCAUAUAUUUUAUCAGUUACAGUAGGAUAUCAGAGGUGAUCAUGAGUGACGGAGCUGGAAAGCGAAAGCAGGGCCCUGGAGGCAAUGGCCCAGCCACCAAGAAGAGCAAGGGAGGCAGUGGUGGUAAAUGGCAAACGCCACACCAAAAAGCCAGGAAAACUGAGCAGGCCGAGCUUGGAAGGACUUUAGAGGUCAACGAUGCCGGAAUCUGGGUGACUUACGCGAGAGGAAUGAAGGGCAAGGCGAUUACGGAGUUCAAGAACCUUUGUAACGAGUACGGAGAGUCACUGUUCGGAGUGAAGCCCCCGAAUGAGGAUGGAGACAACGACGAGGAUGAUGAAGAUGCCGGUGACAUUGAGGCAUCUAUCGAGAAGGAGUUGGCCAGCAUGGCACAGCCAAAGCCCAAGACGAAGCAGACCUUCACACCCAUCGGAACUGGCCUCGACUGUGUCUUCUUCAUGAAGACUGUCAAGCCCGUUGAACCUCUCAAGCUUGUCACCAAGGCCUGUCAGGAUGCCAAGGACUGCCCGGAUCCUAUGCAACGCAAGACCAAGUACAUCAACCGCUUGACGCCUAUCUUUGAUACGGACAAGGCGACAGACAAGGGUAUUGAACGCGUAGCCCGCACCGUGAUGGAGUCUCACUUUGAACUCAAAAGCGAGUCGGGAGAGGAUGCUUCCGCAGAGCCCGCUACAUCAGAGCAAGAUGGUGAGGGGUCUGCAGCCUGCACGUACGCCAUCAGGUAUAACAUCCGGAAUCACACCGCCUUCAAGUCGAGCGAGGUGAUCAAGAAGAUUGCGGACUUGGUCAGCCCUAAGCACAAGGUCAACCUGACGAGUCCCGACAAGGUGGUGUUGGUUGAGAUUUUCCAGACGUUCUGCGGAGUCUCGGUUGUUGAUGGCAAGGAGAGCGAGGAGCUGAAGCGUUACAAUCUCAAUGAGCUGUACAAGGUGGCCCUGGAGGAUAAGCAGCAGAAGGGAAAGCCUGAAGGCGAGGGAGCCGCGGAAUCAACGUAAGCUAUCUUUUGAGCCACUCGCGUGUGAGAGGUGUGUUUGCCUAUUAGUAUUGGACAUUCCAGACGAAUCGAGGCCCUUUUGCCUCAUGGCUGCACAGAGGAGACCGUUGGGGUCUGAUUCGAGCAGGAUCACUUAGGUUUCAACGUGGUGUGGUGUCAGACAACCAACCACCCAUCCAUCCAGUCAGUGGAAAUAUGACAUAGCUAUGUGCAAAGGUGGUAUUUCGAUGUCCGAAGUUCCGUGCCAGGAUAGCCAAGCAUUUCAUGUAUCCAAUCUACUUGGGGCUAUGGGGUUUUGCAACAAACUCAACAGGGAGGAUUAACAAUACGACCCCCAAAGUGCAGGGUUUCUCUUCCCCAAGGAAUUGGGAAGGCCACACGGCGAUGGGGACAGAGAAGGAUCGGCAUAUAUCGGUGAAUAGAAUGGGAUUUUCUGCCAGAAUAUCAUGAGAGACAACAGAGUGAUUAUGCGUUUCAGCGGCUGCUGGUCAACAGUGGAGAAGUCUACGUGCUGCUAUUAUGGGGGAAGCUACUACGAUCUAUCGUGUCUAGCUCUCAAGCUACCCCAAGAUUAGGGAUCGAGAUAUGGGCUUUGGCGCACAACUCAGGAGAUUGACCAGCCGUGGCUUUGUUGUACACGGGAUGUGGGACGUGCCGUAAAGCUAAGCCAGGCAAAGAAGUGUGUAUGUACCGUAUCGCACUCGGUGAAGUGAGAGUUGAAGGGGUGACAUUUUUACAUUCUUUGACAAGGAGACUGAAGUAUAAUCAAGGUCAUGGUUGAGGUUGGAGUGGGUAUGGGUAUAUCCAUAUGCGAUGGUAAGGUUUGGACGAAACAGGUUGAGGCCCACGUAUGCCAUGUACCUUAACUUAUGUCACGUCACAUCGAGAAUACCGAGAAUUCCAUGACCAUCAGAGAUUCGACUUGAGAUUUUCGGCUCCGAAGUUACGGGCCAGUCGUUCUUGGCCUGUCCUUGUGCUCGCGGUACAUUCCCGUGUUGUUAAUUAAAGCAAACGGGUGUGGCUGAAGAUAGUUUUGUUUUGGUGCAGUUUUAGGU